CUCGUGAUUAUAAAAUCCUUAACAAGCACAACAUCCCCGCCGUGGUCUCUCUCAGUGGGGCGGCAAUGGGUUCAUUGGAGCCAGCCCUGGUAUAAGAAGAUCAUCCUUAAAGGCAAUUAUCUCUUCAUAAAGUGCGAAGACAGUAUGACGCAGGAUCUGCUGCCCAAGCUCGUCAACAUUUGCAACUUCAUCAACCAGCAGCUAAAUCCGGUUCCGCCCUCGUCCAUUGCGACCAAGGCGUGUCGCAGUCUACUACAGCUGUGAUCGCUUAUUUAAUGCAAACUUAUCAAUACAACCUCGCUACCACCUUAGUCUUUAUGGGAGAAAAGAGGAAG